AUGGAAAUCAUUACGGAGAGGUUCUACUCGAACCUUUUCCGUUCAUCAACUCCUGUGUCAAGCCUAAUCAUCCGCACUGGCGAAGCUCCACCACGGAUUCUCCUUCCUGAAGUGCGAGUCGUUAUCAAGAGCAUGAAACCUGGCACAGCCCCCGGACCUGAUUUUAUAUUAGUAGACUUUCUUCGGGCUGGUGACCAUCCGCUUCAUGCAAUCUUAGCAGCGCACAUGACAUCUUAUCUUCAGAAAGAAAGGAUCUCAGACCAGUGGAAGACCUCGCGAACCGUUCUUAUCCAUAAGAAAGGUGACCGAGAGGACCUUCGGAACUACCGUCCGAUAUGCUUGCUGAGCGUGUUAUACAAAGUAUUCACUAAGAUCAUCCUCACGCGUAUAUCUAGGACGCUGGAUGAAGCCCAGCCUCAAGAACAAGCUGGAUUCAGGAAAGAGAAUAGGACUAUGAAUAAACAGAAAGAAGACACAGUUCAUGAAGAACGCCCACUGCGAGGACGGAGGGGUACAACUUGA